AUUUUUCAUCAGAUACUUCCGGACACGCAAAAUGACAAAUGCAUACUCAUUUGAGGGGAUUCUGGUGUUUAGUCUUUUGGUUAUUUGUACCUGUGCAUAUAUGAGAAGAGUGCCACGUCUUAAACAGUGGUUUUUGUCUGAGAAAAAAGGAUUCCUUGGGGUAUUUUAUAAAGCAUCAGUUAUUGGCACAAGAUUACAUAUACCAGUGGCUUUAUCAUGUCUUCUUAUGGGAUUUUAUAUACUUGUCCUGAGGUGAUUAAAGAGACAGUCAUUGUUUAAACAGUGCUCAUCUUAAAUAGAGGGAAUACACAGGGGUAUACGCUGGAGGUCUUCAGAAAUAUAUCUUUGCAAUUUACAAUAAAGCAAUUUCUGUGAUGUAUUGACUAAAAAUAUCAUGUUUUUAUUCUUAAGAUUUAAUGAAACAAUGUUACCAUAUAAUAUGUACUGUAUAUAUAAUUUAUAUUUAUUAUUUUUCUCAUUGAUCAUGUAAAAAUAAAAUAUCAUGAUUUUUUUAA